AUGGAAGUUGAAGAUCAUAGUGAAGAUGUAAAUCAAGAUUGUGAGGAAAAGAGUAUGGAUAGUCAUUAUUCGAAAUCAGUUAACGAAGAGGAAUCAGACGCAGAAAAUUCAAAUCAAUAUUAUCGCGAAGAUGAUGACGAAUCUCUUCAGAAUUAUGACGAUGAGGAGUCUCGACAAGAUGACCGGUCGGCUUCCGAUGUAGAGGAUUCUGUGCCUCCUGUCGAAGAAAGACCGAAAACAAAAUUGCAAUUGUUGAAAGAGAAGGCCUUAAGUAGAAUUAAGGCUACCCCAAAGUUACAGUCGGCUGAUUUUGUAGUAGACCUGUCUGAAGGAUGUUUGGAAUCACCUAAACGUUGUUAUAAUCCAAUAGAUGAAUCACAGUCAAAGUUUGACAAAAUUCUAAAUAAGACUGUCACGACGCCCAAGUCGGAAUCAAGGAAAGGUACGUUCACUGAGGUUAAUUUAAGUUUUGUGUUUUAGAUUGGAGAAGCAUAAAGAGUGAGUAUUCUAAGAGAAUGGCAGAAGACCGUGCUCGGGGUUUAAUUAUCAGAAGGAAACAGUUUAAUGAGGACAAUGAAUUGUCGGACGAUGAGGAAGAAGAGGAGGAGGAAUAUGUGGAUGACGAGGAAGAAUAUGGUGAAGAGUACGAAGGAGAUGAAAACAAUGUAGCUGAUAACCAAGACGAAGAAGGCCACGUUAAUGUAGAAGCUGAUGCCGACAUAGAAGAUAGCGAUAAUGAAGAAGAUGAUGUAAACGUGGAAGAUAAAGAUGAUGAAGAUGGUUAUAUUGACGUAGAAGGUAUUGAUGAUGAAGAGUUGGAUGUGGGAGGGAUUGAUAAUGUAGUUAAAGGAGACGAGAAAGACGACGACUAUAAAGAAAACGCUGUAGUUGACAGUGUUGAUGACCUUUCAGAUACGCCUGUAGGUGAUGUUGAAGAAUCAGAGGGAGAUGAAGAAGAGUUACUUAUAAAAAGCAUAAGGAAGAAGAAGAAUGUUUUGGAAUCUGAUGAAGAAGAUAUUGAAGUCGAGGAUGUGGAAGAGAUUGAAGAUGUCAAUGUGGAUGAUGUAGACGAAUCGGAUAUGGAAAUCGAUGUUGUCAAUGAUAGUGGAACAAGUGAUAAGCUGAACGAAGAAGUUUCAAGCAACAAACACUUUGUAAGAAUUUUUAAAUAUUAUAUUAGCUGUGCUUUUUAGAUUCAUUUGAUAUAUUGUCCAAUUUGCUCGUUUUAGUCAGAGACAGAAGAAGACUUUGGUGAUGAAUAUAAAGCCAGUAUCUCGCCGAUGGAGAUGAUCGAGGAAAUUAUUUACGACGAGUUUCUCAACAGGUUAGACGAGACAGACUUGGCUCAAGUACUACUUGAAUUGACCGGAUUCUUACGUGAACCCCCAUCGGUUUACGAGAAGCUGACUGAAAAGUUGGAUCAUAUAAAGGCUCCUCAACUGUAUGUCAUUUUUUAUUUUACUUUUGCUUUUACCACAGAGGAAUAUUUGGAAGUUAGAUAUUAAGGGUGUAUUUUAAGUAAUGCUUUAUGUACUUUAUGAAAAUUUAGUAUAUUGGUUUCAGCUCUCGAAAACGAAGAGUUCAAAUAGACUCUGAUGAUGCACUUCCAGUAAAGAAACCCGUUCUGGACGAUGACAUUUUUCAAUUUGAGGAUAACGUUGUGGAAGACGUGUCAGACACUCAAACUUCAAGAGUUUUACUAUUGGAUCAGGACGAAGAAGUCCAAAUAAAGACCGUAGUUGAUACCUUGAGGUGGGAGACGGAGUCUGAUGUUGUGGAUGUUGGGAGUGUGACAAAGACGACGAAGGCUCAAAAGUGAGUUAAAGUCUUGACUUUAAAGUUAAUCUUUCGUUUUUUUCUAACAUUUGUUACCUAAAAUCUAUCCUACCCUUUUUGUCACCUAAAAUUUAAAUUUAAAGGGAUUACCUGGAAGACGAAGCUGAGCUGUCAGGAUCUGACGUAGGAAGUGAAGCCGAUGAUGAUGAAGAUGUAAAUGAAUACUUGGAAGAAGCAGGAGAUGAGGACAAUGUAGACUUGGAUGAAGUUCGAGGCCAGAACGCAAAGACCAUGAUGAAGCUUCAAAGGGAUGAGGACGACCGUUUGAUGGAGCACGUCAAAGAAAAGUACGAACUCAGUGAGUCCGACAGAUGGGACAGAAGCUUCAGAUACCGUUUCCGAGAUAACGACAAUGUUCAGAUUGAUUGGGGUUCUAAUGAAGAGAACGACGAAAACGAAACUGACGAUCCUGUAGUAUCAAUAAACGAUCUGGAUACUGUGGUACAGAAGAUAGCACAUGGCGAAGAGGUUGUGGAUAGCGGCAUAUCUACUGUGUUCAAGGCAGAUGGUACGUUUAUAAGCAUUUUUAACUAAAAAGUUGUGUGAAAAAUUAACUUAUAUUAUUUUAGGUACGAACACGACAGGCGAUGACAGAGGCAAGAGAUCUUUGCAGCUUCGGUAA